UCAAAAAUGUAAAAACCCUGAAGAGGAAAAAGAAUUAUACGCAGCAUGUGACCAAUUCUUAAUUAAACAAGGUAUCGAAGUCCUUAAUGAAAAAAAUAGACAACAGCCACGCGUUUCUAAAAGACGAUCAGUAAUUGAAGGAGAUACUAUUCAAGUUGUUACAAUUUCAGCAGAUGAUAAAACUCGCAAAGCAGUGUAUGACUUCCUUCGUUCUCAAACUACCCCAAAGCAUCCUCGUACACUUAUAGCUUCUCAGAAAAAUGAUGGAUCAUUCCCGCUUCAUGAGUUAGUUACUGAACAUCUUGAGAUUCCAGUAGUUCAUAUUAAUGAACCUAUUAAACGCUACGUUCAUAGCCCAGCUCUAAGAGAGUGUGAUGCCUCCGUUUGGAAUACAGCAUUUACAAUUACAUACAUGAGAAUCGUGUUAGAUAAAUAUGAAACAGAGUGGCAAUCAGCAUGUCAACCCGCUUUAAAAUGGGUAUCCGAACAGAUAAAGGAUCAAGAAUUAGAAAAAGAAUUAUUUGCAGCAUGCGAACAAUACUUGUUUGAAUUAGGCUUUGACCUUCUUAAUAAAUCCAAAGAAACAACCAAAUCAGUCACCAAAGAAACAAUUAGAUCUGUCGAUGUUCCACCCACUCGUUACGGAUCUGAUGGUGGAGUUCUUUCACCUAAAGAUGCGUAUCUCAAUUCAGAAUUAAUUGUUGUUGGGGCCGCAUGCACAGCUAACCGCCAACUCCAUAAGAGUUAUUCUGAAACCGUGAAACCGACUAAAGAGAAGGCGCGAGAAGAAAUUUUAGUAUUUGCAGAACAAGAAGUCGACAAAUUAUUUGCGAAUAAUGUCACACAUAGUAAUAAGGAAGAUGUGUUGCAACGUGCUAAACGAGCUGCUCGCUUCUUGAUUGAUCAAUAUUAUGAGGAAGGCGGUUGUUCUUAA